AUGGCCCCUUCAAUUCCACUCCAUUCUAUUUGUAAACUACAGCGGCUCACUCAGCCUAAUAGACCUCUGGAAUGUCGCUCUAACCAGCUGGAUGUUGGGAUUCUCCGGCCCAAUUGGCUCGACGGAGCCACCUAUCUCGGCCAGCAAUAUGUUGACGGAUUCUUGUGUAAUGUCUGGGAGAAGGUCGACUUCAUUUGGUACUACGAGGACGUUGUCACCAAGCGGCCGGUCCAUUGGGUUUUCCACACUGGAAGAUCUAUUCAUGUAAUGACAUUUGAAGUCGGAGCUGUGCUCGAGGAUGCAAAGUGGCAGGCCCCUGUGUAUUGUUUUGAGAAAAAAGAUGUUAAAACCAGCUACAAUUUCGACUACAAAGAGCAUGUUAAUUUUCUGAAACCCAAGUUGGAAGGUGUUCUUAGAGGGUCAAUGUAG